AUGCGCAUCUUCACUACAGGGCUGUUGCUCUGGCCACUGUCGCUUAUCAAUCUAGUAUCAGCCUUCCCAGGGUCGAUCAACGCUCACGAUAGACACUUAGGACAUCAAGGCAUGCACAAGCGUUGCCCAUACGCAAACACCCAGGACCAAGGCAAGCCGAAGAUGGAACAUGAAAAGCGGUUUCUAUUCAGUUUGAUGAAAUCGCCUGUUGAUAUUACCGGCGAGCAUACAUUCCAACCCCCGAACUUUGAGAACGGUGACCAGAGAGGCCCCUGUCCAGGUCUCAAUGCACUCGCAAACCAUGGAUACAUCCCGCGGAGUGGAGUGGUAUCGUUCGCAAAUGUGAUUGCUGCGAUCAACAAAGUCUAUGGCAUGGGAGUUGAUCUGGCUACUGUCCUCGCGAUCAUGGGUACUGUCUGGACUGGGGACGUGCUGUCUCUCGAUCCCAGCUUCUCCAUCGGGGGUCCCGAUACUGGCGUUAACAACCUUCUCAAUAACUUGGGCGGUCUGCUCGGUGAACCCCAGGGCCUGAUCGGCUCGCACAACUUUAUCGAAGCAGACUCCUCCAACACGCGAGACGAUAUUUACGUUACGGGCAACAGCUGGGCGCUGAACAUGGAAAAGUUCAUGACUUGGUACAAUAUGUCUUCUGAUGGGACUUACGAUAUGAGUCUUAUGGCCGAACGCGCAAAGAUCCGUAUGGAUCAAACCAUCCAUACAAACCCGGAUUUCUACUACGGACCUGUGACUGGGCUCAUUGCACGCAACGCCGGUUACAUUUUCGCAGGUCGGCUGUUUCGAAAUCACUCAACCGAAAAUCCAGAGGGAACACUGACUAAGAGCCACCUCCGGAAUUUCUACGGCAUUUACGGCCCGGAACAUAAUCUCACCUACCGUGAAGGCUGGGAGAGGAUACCCGAGAACUGGUACAAGACACCUGUAGACUACGGACUCAUCUCACUCAACUUGGAUAUCAUUGGCUUCAUAUCGAGAUAUCCGGAGCUUGGCAGUAUUGGAGGAAAUACGGGCAAAGUAGACAGCUUUGCCGGAGUUGAUCUAGGGGACCUGACAGGUGGUGUCUUGAACUUGGCCGGCCUGCUGAAGGAUAAUAACUUGCUGUGCUUCGUGACUGAAGUGUUGAAGUUUGCCAGCCCCAACGCGCUUGCUGGGAUAUAUUCGACCGUAGCUAAGCCGUUGGAGUUUGUCACUAAUAUUCUCGCUGUGCCUUUGCUCAACUUUACUUGCCCGGCAUUCCAAGAUCUUCAGAUCGGAGGGAAGCCGCUAUGGGAGGCGCUUCAAGAGGACUUCCCCGGUGCCCUGAAGAGCAAAGGUUCGCUUUAG